AAAUACAUUUUGCUCAACAGUCGAAACAGCCACAUUCCAUACACAUUUCUGCCCGUAGUGUAUGUUCAGUUGUUUCGCCGCGAAUAUAUGAUACAAAAUGCUGAACCUAAUUUUUGCAUUUUUCAUUUUUCAAGCUACAAUUUUUGUUAGUGGGUUUCGUGGUGUAUUGCCGAAAGUUGAACCCGAUUUUCAAGUGUUUAACAGGGAAGAGCUGUACAUUUCCCAGGUUUCGCAAGACUCAACCUUUCAAUCAAAUAUCACGGUAGCCAAGUGGAAAACAUUGAACACUGGCCACAGCUCUUUUACAUUGGGUGUUACUAAUAACACCAUGAUAAAUAUUCUCUUUUCCAACUUGUCAAUGCAUGGUGCUCAUCCGACUAUCAUUUCCCGAGUAUUUGAUCUAAAAGUUCCUGUGAAUGAUUUGGAAAUUUUUAACAUAAGGAGUAAUGGACAAACGCAGGUCUUCAUUGUAGUUCACGUGCCGGGCACGGGAUUCGAAUGGUACACUGUAACUGCUUUUGCAGUGGAAAAAUGUUGGACUUGGCCCAUGGAACAUGCUGUAUCGACCUUUUUUGUUUCUAAAAAUCAGAAUAAAUAUUUUUUGUUUGCAAGUCUUUCCAGUAAGGAUGGGACCCACUUUGUGGUCGCUUACCGCUUCAACAUAUCUACCAAAACAUAUUGGUAUCACCAAUCAAUUAAUCUACCAGAUUCCUCGCCUUCAAUGUGCCUUUCCUCUGUAGACAAUCAUUUGCAUUUGUCACUUGCUCAGCCAGCUUCCAACUCUCUAGCCAUCUACCAUUUUAUCGACCAGGCUUUUGUUCUGCUUAAGAACUUAGCAGCACCCGAAGUGGACCAAGUAGUAUGUUUCGAGAAUGGCUUUAGAUAUUUCGUGGCUUUCAAUGGCCUGAGCGCCAGUAUUCUCGAGAUUACCAAACAUGGUCUAGUCGAGCGCAAUGUUGUAAACUCGAAUUUCGAAGGAUUGGAGUUUUGGUUGCCCAUCUCCAUAAACACUUAUAGAGAUGAAACGGUUUUGAUGCUGCAGAGAAAACUGAACCAUUCAACACAUAGUUCGUUUGAUGUUGAUGCCAUUACAUUCAACGGAAAUCGGUUUGAAGAACAUACUGACGUUUCAUGCACUUUAAUUGAUGAUGUCCAAAUCAACCUCUCGUGUCUUGCCGAAUUAAGUCCUUCGAGAGGGAUAAUGGGAGCUUCAUAUAUUGCCAUAGGCAAUCACCUCUCGCUGAUUGUACCUACGGAAGACCAAACGCCAGUGAUAUUUUCGGUAGCGGCUGGUCUAAAAAAGAAUGAGCAUCCCACGAAAAAUGACCUUAAUUUCUAUAAAGAACAGAAAAUGAAAAUAGAGCUUAUGAUGGAAAGUGGGAGAAACGCUCAACCGGCAAGCCUUGCUCAACAUGUACCCAGCAUGAAGAAGGCAAGCGUUUCUGAUGGCAACGACAGCUUUUUAAAUGAUGGGAAAAAAGUGCUGGAUGAAUUAGAGCAAUUAAACCAACGGUUUAACGAGAAUUUGACCGAACUAAAAUUCAACACUAUAGUCUUUAAUGGAGCUGUUGAGAUAGAAAACAAUUUAACAGUUAAUAGAUGGGAUUCUGAUGCAAUGGAGGGUCUUUUGAGCAAUUUAGUCCAAAAGAAUCAGUUGGACACGAUUUCGGACCAAAAGGUUUUUCAUAAUUUAACAGUUGGGGAAUUUACUGUACCAAUUGUUAACGGUGUUGCUGCGCAAAGUUUUGCCAAAACAAUUGAUGCAAAAGUCGAAACUUUUGGAAACAUAGUUUUUGAGAAGGUGUUAGAAGCAGAAACUGUAACAGUGGCUAAUUCAGUGAUCAAUCAGAUUCCAUUAACCCAGUUUGGUAAACUUAGCGACAUAUUUGAAGACACGUUAAGUUUCGAGGAAUUGCGGUCAAAGAACGGUUUCACAACAUCUUUUUUAAACCACCAAAAAAUCCAAAAAUGUUCUCAACAUUCCAACGGAGAUUCCCUCGAAUUCCCCAGUUUAUUUUUUCCUGGAAACGCUACAAUACACAGUUUGAAUGGAGACAAUUUCGCAGAUUUUAUGGAGGAAAUUUGUGUAAACAACGUUAAGUGCUUCAUAGAUAAGCUGAAGUUAAUCGGGAAAAUGGAUGCUACUGAAAGUAUACAAACAACGUAUUUGGAUGGCUUAAGUUUCCCGGAAGAAUUCAUCGAGAGAGAACCAGUGAAGCCCUUGAUAGUUACAGGUCAAAAAUACUUCCAGAACCAUAUAUUAGGCAACAAUGUUAACACAACUAACCAGACAGUAAAUGCUGUAGAUUUCAAGAAGAUUUUCACUGGUGGCACACAUCAGAACAUUACCGGAAAUUUCAGUUUUGAUCACUUGGAAGUGGCUGAUGAUUUCGACUUUAAGGGAAGCCCAAUUCUAGAAACUGGAAUGUUGAAGCCUAAUCUAUGUCUGGAUGAAACAGCCAAUAUGCAAUCAAACGCCGAAUUCCUCGAUCUGGAAGUACUAGGAGACAUAAUAGUCAAAACCGAGUUCAAUGCAGUGGACUUUAACUACUAUCUGGAAAACUUUAUUUCAAAGCGAAAAAAUGCAACCAUCACUGGAUUGAAAAUAUUUCAGCAUUCACUUCGCGUGAAAGAAGAUUUUCAGGUCUAUUCAGGAAUGAUCAACAACAUUACAUUGAACUCAACUGUCACCGAAAACUUUGAGGAAGUGUUUGAAAUCAACACUUUUCUAGAUCACAUACAGUUUCAAAAUUUACUGGUUCAUGGACUUUUCAACAAACAGAACAUCAGCGAUCUCUAUGGAUCGCUAAUUAAACUUGAAGGAAAUCAAAGCAUUUCAUCGGAGCUGAUAUUUGAUGAAUAUCUACAAACUGAUGAAUUCGCUGUAGAUCAAUUGAAUGAAGAUUCUACAGUUGGAGUGGAAGCGUUGAGUUUGGAGCAAGCUGAUGCUGAACGGGUAGAAGUUCAAGGCAACUUAGUGGGCAAUAUUUCCAAUCCGGCGUUUAUUCCCUUACAAGAAGGAAACUUGAACUUUGUAGACGAUCAAUUGGUUACCGGAGCAUACAAUUUGUCUAGAAUAAAUGUCGAAAUCUUAACAGCUAAAACCAUCAAUGGAGUUAACGCUGAUAAUGUUUUUUCCUCAGAAAAGCUCUGUGCUAAUGUGACAGACAUUUUAACGUACAGGAACGCUACUAUAGAAAGCUUAAGCAUCGAUAGAGAUAUAGCGAUAUAUCAACUAAACAACAUUAGCUUUAGAGACAUAAUCAACAGCCAUCCAUGGGUGCUGCUUCGUCACAACUUAAGCUCGGUAGUUAUUGAAGGUGAUACACAUUUCAAAACCGUGCAAAUUGACAAGUUAUCCAACAAGAACUUUAACAACUAUAUUUCGAGUUUGGUUUUCAAAAACCAAACUGAUAUAACCAUAAGUAACUCUGUGUGGUUUCAAAAUGGUUUAACUGCAAUAAAACUAGUCGAAACAGCGAGCAUCAAUGGAGUUCUGCUAGGCAAUAUUUUCCGGACCACUGGAAGUCAACUUGUUGUUGGCUCAUUACAUGUAACCGGGAAUAUUUGGAUCCCAAAUGAAUUUUUAGUUGAAGAAAUGGUCAACGACGUGCAUGUAACAAACAUCUUUGAAACUUUCUAUAUCGAACAGGACACUUUAAAUGUUAAAGGAGAAUAUAUAUUCCCUCGACUUCCAUACAUAACAAAUUUGACAAUACAAGGACCCAUCAACUCAAUAAAUUACUUCAACACCAUCAAGGAAGAGUUUGUCUAUCUUAAUCAUAACCCGCACUUGGAAGAUGAUGUCGUAUUCCAGUCUUCUGUUCAUUUGAAAGGAAAUUUGGGAACAAUGUCUGGAAUCAACGAAAUCAAUUUAUCAGAAUUACUUUCACGAGCCGUUUGGAUAACUCAAGAUACCCACUUAGAAGGACCAGUUGCCUUCAAACAUUCUCUUGAAUGUAUGAAGCCACUUAAAGUUAAACAGCAGCUGAUUACCAAGUCACUGUUUAACGAAAACCUGCAAGACUUAGUCAAUAAUGGAGUUUUUAUUGAUAAAGGCAUACUUAAAGGGCCAUAUUUUUUCGAUGAAGCAGGUGUUAGAGGCAAAUUUUAUGCUCGUUUCCUCAACGAUAUUGACAUGAACUUAAUAAUUCCAUUGAAAACUGAGCAAAACAUUAGUCGGUUGGAUGUUGAUGAUAUGCAACUGACUCACGAUGUUGCAGUAGGACAACACGUACACGGAAAAAUAUUGAUGAUGGAGAAAGUCAAUACAUUCUCUAGAAACAUUGAACAACAUGUGGAUUCGAAAAUAGUAUUUUCGAACAAUGUUUUAGUGGAGAAAACAUUAACGGCCUUCAACUUAAACAACAAAUCCGUCUCGGACAUAGUCACCACUAAUACCGAUCAAAACUUAACAGCGACUUAUAAUUUCAUGUCGAAAGUGGUAACCAACGACAAUUUAAUAGUUGAGGGUCUUAUUAAUGACAUCAAUUUAACGUCGUGGGAAAUACGUGCUGUUCCUAUUGAAUCUAGCAAACCUCAGCAGGCUAGGCUGAGCCGGAUAGACAUGAGGAAUCAGAAUCUUUCUGGCCCUUUGAAUGGUGGCGCGACAUUGAACAACAGAAGUACCACCGACCUUCUACAAAAAUUCAGUGAAAUGGAAAGUUAUUUAGACGGUUAUCAAGAAACUGCAACAGAUUUUAAAGAUCUUUGCGAAGUCAUGACCGACAUUUACAACGGCACUCAAAACCAAAUUUCAAAGUUUCGUUAUUUUGAGGACUUCCAAAGUCUGCAAUUCCCAACCAGCAUAAACUACAUAAAAUAUAUUUCUCAUGGAAACGAACAUUAUUUACUGGUAAACGAAGAAAACUCCUGCUUUUCCGAAAUAUGGAAAUUAUUUCCGGAUGGAUUUGCUAAAACAAAAACUAUCGAAACUGGCAGCAUUUCUCAACUUGAAAUGGUACAUGAGAAAAACCGGUUGCUUCUAGUGUCUAGCAUUCAAAACAUCGACGGUCUGCAAUGCAACAUCGAAGAUAGUACGAUCCUGUGGAAAUGGAUAAAUGAAGAAUUAGAAGCUAUAAGCAGCUUGCCACCUCAAGAUCUGUUACAAAAUUCUCUACAGCCACGAACAUUUUACGGGCUGAAGCAAGGUGUGGUAACUGAGUUCAAAUUAAAUCCCCUUGAAGAAGUGGGAAUUGACGAAUACAGGAAGUGGAACAUUACAGAAGAUAAUUGUAGGUUUGCACCACGAGGUUUCAAAACUGGACUCGUACUCAGUACAGGAACCAAAUUAAUAUAUCUCAAUCGAGGUCAGAAGGUGACGACUAAAAGAACAGGCCAUUUCUACAAAUCAACUAUUAUUGGAAACUUCACAAAGCAAUCAAACAGUAUAAUACCUGGACGAAAUGGGUCUGAGUUUGUUCUUGUUCCCGUUGGAUCCAGAGCCAAUAAAUACAAACUGCAAGCUGUGACUUGUCACAGAGAGUCCGAAGUGCAUAAAAAUUUGGACAGUAUUGAGAUUUACUCAGAUUCUGUUUCUGGAAAAUUGUACGAUCAAAUUUUCACGCAUAAACCAACAUCGCUUCAGUCAUUGGAUUUGGAAAAUGGAGAAACCUUACUGGCAUUCAUUGAGAACAAAAAGUUUGUUCAAAUAUACGAAUAUAAAGGGUUAAAUGGAUUCAAACAUCGGUCUAUUAUCAAAUCCCCAGCGGAAAAACUGUUUGUGAUUCAAAUUCCAACUGGCGAACAUUUAAUAAAACAGAAAGUAAUGGGUUUAAUCCACAAAAGCAAAGUCACGUUAUUCAGAGCCGUAAUGAGUGCACCACAAGUCAAAAAUAAUGUUCAGUGCGGAUUUUAGAUGAAUUUAAAAUUGAAAAUUUUCAGCUGGGUUGGGUCAGCGACCCGAUCUGUAAAAUUUUUCAUUUGUUAUUUUGUGUUUUUCGUGAUUUUAAUUUAAUACGUUAAAUAAGUAAAUUUAUAUUCUAGUGAAAAGCGUACAUUUGAAACUUAAUAUAAAAUAUAAAAUAAAGAAACUACCCCAAGAUACAUACA